GCAAGGCAGCAUUGUGUUGGCAGUCCGAUCCAGGCUUGUCCACGGCUCCAGGCUUUGGACAUGAUCGCACAACACUCUAGGAUUUAUAUAUUAUUUUUUUUUUCAUUAUUCACCAUGCGUGCUCUGCACUUGGACAGCGAUUUCCUCCGUGAUUACGUGUGGCGCGUCUCCCUGCGGGGAAGCUCCCCCGUGGAGAGGUCCUGAUGGGUUUGGGCCUUACUUGAAUUUCCCAGCUUAUUAUGUGUCUGCACUGCGUGUGCUCCACGCAGUUGCGAGGGGAGGAGAAGCAGCAGCCCAGCUCGCCCGGCUCCCGCCACAAAGAGCCGGCUGUGCUGCCCGUGCCGGACGGCGGACAUGGCACCGAGGCGCCUCUUCUGCUGCUGCCACCGCCGCCGCCGCCUCUCUCAACACCGGCGGCACCCCCGCUAAACCAGGCAGCCGCCUUCCUCCUCUUCAUCCUCCUCCACCACCUCCUCCUCCUCCUUCUACUCAUCAUCCUCCUCCUUUCCUGCUUCUGCUUCUUCUUCUUCUUGGGACGGCUGAGGAGAACCAGAGCCAGCCUUCAAGCAGGUGAUCCCGCCGCCAAGUUUCUCUCAGACUUUGGUGCCCGUCGGCACUUCACAAAGACAGACAGACGCCUGAUAUUAUUAAUUUUUUUUCUUGUUGUGGAGAAAAAAAAAUCCCCCUUCCACUUCUUUUCGUUGUUGUCGUUGUUUCCUGAGGAGAUCUUCGCUCUCAAGUCCUCCCCGUUGCAUUGAAUUCCGUGCAACAAAAGGAGAGGGAGAGAAGGGAGGGGGGGGGGGGUGAAGAAAAGUCUCUCGCUUGUUGUUUUGUGAGGGGGAGCAAAUCUUUUUUUGUUGUUGGUCGAGCAAUAAGUCUUGUGCAAAGGGGGAGGCUUUGCAAACCUCUCUCCGUCCUUUUUGUUUCCAACCCCCCCCCUUUCCGAUCACCUCCUGCUGUAAAUAAUCACUUGUCUUCGUGCAGGAUCCACCAGUUGCAAAGAAGUUGUGGGUGGGUGGGUGUGUGUGUGUGUUGCAGAGAAGAGAAGGCGGAGGAGAUCAACACCAACACCCACUCGGCUGAAGAAGAAGAAGAAGCAGAAGGAAAAAAAAAAUAAUCGAGUUUUUUUUUCUUAAAACAAAAAAAGCAUCGCCGCCAACAACAGGGGAAAAAAAAAGUACGAGGGGGAGAGACGUCACACGCAGUCCACUCGGAGAGGUUGAAGUUGCCGCAUUGCAUCGGGCAGGAGGAGGGAGAGAGUGUGUGUGUGUGUGAGAGAGACACACCACACACACACACACAGAGGGACUGGAGAGAUUGAUGGUUGGAGCACCGGUCAGUGGCGGCCAGGCAGCGGCUUCUUCCCGGCGAGCGAGGGACUGGACAUGUCCAGGCGCAAACAAUCCAAGCCUCGGGCUGUCAAAGUUGAAGAAAGUGAAUCUUCAGAAUUUGACUUAAAUUGGGACGCGACAACUGUGCAAACAGUAGGAACCUCAGGAGGAGAGCAGGAGUAUGAUACUAAGGACAGACAACUGUUGGAAGACAGACACAGCAUGACCAGUCAGGAAGAGAGAAACGAAGAUGAUGAAGACAUGGAAGAUGAAUCAAUUUACACCUGUGAUAAUUGUCAGCAGGACUUUGAUUCACUGGCUGACUUGACUGAACAUAGGGCUCAUCGCUGUCCUGGAGAUGGCGAUGAUGACCCCCAGGUUUCCUGGGUAGCUUCAUCUCCCUCCAGUAAGGAUGUGGCGUCUCCGUCUCAGAUGUUGGGCGAGGGCUGUGAUCUGGGCCUGGUGGAUGAGGAAGGAGGCACCGGCCUGCCGUACCCCUGCCAAUUCUGCGACAAGUCCUUCAGCCGACUGAGUUACCUCAAGCGGCACGAGCAGAUCCACAGCGACAAGCUCCCCUUCAAGUGCACCUUCUGCAGCCGCCUGUUCAAGCACAAACGUAGCCGGGACCGCCACAUCAAACUCCACACCGGGGACAAGAAGUACCACUGCCACGAGUGCGAGGCCGCCUUCUCCCGCAGCGACCACCUCAAGAUCCACCUGAAGACCCACAGCUCCAGCAAGCCCUUCAAGUGCACCGUGUGCAAGCGCGGCUUCUCCUCCACCAGCUCCCUGCAGAGCCACAUGCAGGCCCACAAGAAGAACAAGGAGCAUGAGGCCAAGCUGGAGAAGGACCUGAAGAAGGAGGAUGUCGUCUGCGACUAUUGCGAUGAGACGUUCAACCAGGCGGAAGACUUGGACAAGCACAUGGCCUCCAACCACCCGCAGAUUUGUGAGAAGGCCGAGCUGCAGUGCAUCCACUGCCCCGAGGUGUUUGCUGAAGAGACGGCGUUGAUCAAUCACAUUGACCUCGCCCACAGGAAUAAGAAGCACAAAUGCCCAAUGUGCCCGGAACAGUUCCCCACCGUGGAGGACGUCUAUUGUCACUUGGAUAGCCAUCGGCAACCGGAUUCCAGCAACCACAGCAUCAGCCCCGACCCUGCGACGGGUAGUGCCGCCUCCAUGAGCAGCACCACCCCGGACUCUAGCGCUUCUGUAGAACGCGGCUCCACGCCCGAUUCAACCCUCAAACCGUCCAGAAACCAGAGGAAGCCUUCGGGGUCGUUGGAGAGAGACAGCAGGCAGAACUCCUGGUCACCAAAGGUCACCUACAGCUGCCCGUAUUGCUCCAAGCGCGAUUUCAGUAGUUUGGCUGUCUUAGAAAUUCAUUUAAAAACCAUUCACUCGACUAAACCUCAGCAAAGCCACACGUGCCAGUUCUGCCUUGAUUCUCUACCAACUUUGUACAAUUUAAACGAGCACGUCCGCAAGGUGCACAAAAAUAAUGUUUUCCCAGUGAUGCAGUUCACCAGUGCGUCCACGUUUCACUGCAACUACUGCCCGGAGAUGUUCGCCGAACUGAACAGCUUGCAGGAACACAUACGAGUGUCUCACUGUGUCCCCAACGCCAUCCCCCAAGACGGGAACCACACUUUCUUCUGCUCCCACUGCUCGCUGGGCUUCCUGACCGAGUCUUCGCUGACCGAACACAUCCAGCAAUCCCACUGCAAUGUGGGCAACACCAAGCUGGAGUCGCCUGUCCUCCAGGCCAGCCAGUCCUUCAUGGAGGUGUACUCCUGCCCUUACUGUACAAACUCGCCCAUUUUUGGCACCAUCCUCAAGCUCACCAAGCACAUCAAGGAAAACCACAAGAACAUCCCGCUGGCAAACAGUGGGCGGAAAUCCAAGUCGGAGCAGAGCCCGGUCUCUUCAGACGCCGAGGUGUCUUCCCCGAAGAGGCAGAGAUUGUCGGCCAGCGCCCCUUCGCUCUCCAACGGCGAGUACCCGUGCAACCAGUGUGAUCUCAAGUUCACCUCGUUCGAGAGCUUCCAAAGCCAUCUGAAGUCACACUUGGAGAUUCUUCUCCGGAAGCAGUCGUGCCCGCAGUGCAAGGAGGACUUUGACUCGCAAGACAGCCUUCUGCAGCAUCUGACGGUGCAUUACAUGACCACCUCGACUCACUACGUGUGCGAGAGCUGCGACAAGCAGUUCUCCUCUGUGGACGACCUGCAGAAGCACCUGCUGGACAUGCACACCUUUGUGCUCUAUCACUGCACCCUGUGCCAGGAGGUGUUCGACUCCAAGGUGUCCAUCCAGGUACAUCUGGCCGUCAAGCACAGCAACGAGAAGAAGAUGUACCGCUGCACGGCCUGCAACUGGGACUUCCGCAAGGAGGCCGACCUGCAGCUGCACGUCAAGCACAGCCACCUGGGCAGCCCGGCCAAGGGGCGCAAGUGCAUCUUCUGCGGCGACACGUUCAGCACCGAGGUGGAGCUGCAGUGCCACAUCACCACACACAGCAAGAAGUACAACUGCAAGUUCUGCAGCAAGGCCUUCCACGCCAUCAUCCUGCUGGAGAAACACCUGCGGGAGAAGCACUGCGUGUUUGACAACAGCGGCGCGCAGAACGGCACGGCCAACGGCAUUGUCCCCUCCUGCCCCAAGAGGGUGGAGGCCGACCUGCAGAACAUCCUGAUGAAGACUCAGGAGGCGCUGAACAGCCACGAAGCCAGCGAGGACGACAUCGACGCCUCGGAGCCCAUGUACGGCUGCGAUAUCUGCGGCGCGGCCUACACCAUGGAGGUGCUGCUGCAGAACCACCGGCUGCGGGACCACAACAUCCGGCCGGGCGACGACGACUGCUCGCGGAAGAAGGCCGAGUUCAUCACGGGCAACCACAAGUGCAACGUGUGCGCCAGGACUUUCUUCUCGGAGAGCGGCCUGCGCGAGCACAUGCAGACGCACCGCGGGCCGGCCAAGCACUACAUGUGCCCCAUCUGCGGCGAGCGCUUCCCCUCGCUGCUCACCCUGACCGAGCACAAGGUGACGCACAGCAAGAGCCUGGACACGGGCACCUGCCGCAUCUGCAAGAUGCCGCUGCAGAGCGAGGAGGAGUUCAUCGAGCACUGCCAGAUGCACCCGGACCUGAGGAACUCGCUGACCGGGUUCCGCUGCGUGGUCUGCAUGCAGACCGUCACCUCGACGCUCGAGCUGAAGAUCCACGGCACCUUCCACAUGCAGAAGCUGUCGUCGGCCAACUCAGCCUCGUCGUCUCCCAGCAACCAGCCUCCCCCUCACCACCACCGGGCCUACAAGUGCGCGCUCUGCCUGAAGGAGUUCAGGAGCAAACAGGACUUGGUCAAGCUCGACAUCAACGGCUUGCCUUACGGCUUGUGCGCGGCCUGCAUGAACCGCAGCACCAACGGGCAGCCCGCCAACGCCGCGGUGGUGGUGCAGCCGCAGCAGGAGGUCGCCGAGAGAGCCAGCGCCGGCCUUCGCUGCCCCGACUGCGCGGUUAAGUUCGAAACCAUGGAGGACCUUGAGAGCCACAUCCAGAUAGACCACAGAGAAAUGACACCAGAGACCAGUAGCCAGAAAAAGUCAUCUCAAGCAUCACCUGCUCCCAGGAAGAAGACCUACCAGUGCAUAAAGUGCCAGAUGACUUUUGAGACCGAACGGGAAAUACAGAUCCAUGUUGCAAAUCACAUGAUUGAGGAAGGAAUCAAUCAUGAAUGCAAACUGUGUAAUCAGAUGUUUGACUCGCCGGCAAAGCUCCUAUGUCACCUGAUCGAACACAGUUUCGAAGGAAUGGGAGGUACUUUCAAAUGCCCAGUAUGUUUCACAGUCUUCGUGCAGGCGAACAAAUUGCAGCAGCACAUCUUUGCAGUCCACGGGCAAGAGGAUAAGAUCUACGACUGUUCGCAGUGUCCGCAGAAAUUCUUCUUUCAGACCGAACUUCAGAACCACAUGAUGAGUCAGCACACACAGUGAGGUGUCGGUGCAUCGAGACAUCCUCGCUGCCGAAGACCCAACAGAGUCUCAGUGGGAGAGAACUUUUGAACAUUACAUCCAAUCAAAGUGUCAUUUGAAACCCAGAUGUAAAACUAAUGAUUUGGCCACGAGGCACUGCUAUUAUAAGCAGUUUGAAAUGAAUAUUAAUGUUACAGAUUAAAAGUAUUCUAUGCUCAGUAUUUUUCUGUCCAGCUUUUCAAUUAGUGAACUCACAGCUUUUUGCUUCUAAUCAGAGUUAUAGUGCGUUAGAAACAUCCGUUUUGUUGCUGUUCUUCGUUGCUUAAUAUAGUAAACUAAUAGGUGUCAAAGAUAAAUAGAUGUCUUUUGUUAAUACUUGCAUUUAAAUGCAGAUUUAGCCAGUUGUGGUGAGUGUGAGAUGUUAGCUUGCCAUCCAUCGUCAGAACAUUUUUAUUUUCUCUUUUUUUGUCAAAGGAAGAAUGUUUUAAUUUGGAUUGACCAGUUCACAGUACAACGAGAAACUAUGUAAAGAAAAUCAACGAUUACAGUGAAUCUGGGUGGUGUUUGCUUCAACCAUGUAAUUUACCCGAUUGCAAUAACUAGGAGACUUUAAUAAAGGGAAAACACGCACUUAA